UGGCGGCGGAGAUGGAGGGGCUAGUGCAACCCGGCACGAGUCGCGGGUGAGCGCUUAGCGUGCCCCGGGCGGCCGGGCGGCCGUGGAGCUCUGUCCGCUGGCGUCUGAACAGAUCUUUCCUCUCCACCCUUUCCCUGCCUGCCCCGCAGACGACAUGGAGGACGAGGACGAGGAGAGACAGAGGAAGAUCGCCCAAGGCGGGGCUUUGCUUGCUGAGUAUAGAGAAAGACAAGCCCGACGAGAAGGGAAAAAGAAGAAAAGUGUUUCAAAGAGUAAACAAGAUGUACACAGCUUAAAAAUUAAUCAACAAAGUAAUGAGACCUCCAUAAAUAGUUCUCAGUGUGUAGAAUCAGCUGGGAAUCCUGAUUCCACCAAAAUGAGAGCUGGACAAAUAGAGAAGCAAAAUGAAGUCUUUGUUAAAGACCCACAUGGUGAAAGGAGAGAACCAGCUCCUGAAAGUUGUCAUAUGCCUUCCAUGCCUGUGCUGCACACACACAUCACAUCAAUUGAUGUAAUACAGCCCGAAGGUGAAAUUUCUUCCUUAGGCGACAACCAUAGUUCUUUAGAGGAAGAAGAAUUUGAUAAUUGUUCUCAGCAAGGAGCUCUGUCCAGUCAGACCUGUCUGGAGAUGAUGGAAAAUGAGCUGGCUGGAAAACAGCUUACGAUUGAAGAACUGACUGGAGAACUGGAAGAAAGGAGAGCCACCUGUGGGCCUGAAGUAAUGCAGAGGUUUUACGAAUUUGAAGCUGCCGUUAAGCAAAGAGACUGCAUCAUCACUCAGCUGAUUGCUAACCUGCAGCAGGCUAACAAAGAAAAGGAUGAGACAAUGAGAGAAUUUUCCAAGUUAACCGAACAAAGUCAAAAAUUACAGAUUCAGUUCCAGCAUUUGCAGGCUAGUGAAACGUUGCGUAGCAACACUCACAGCAGCACUGCUACAGAGCUACUUCAUGUCAAGCAACAAGUCAUGGCUCAGCAGCAGCAGCUGGAAGAACAAGACAGACUAUUAAAGGAUCAUCAGAAAAAGGAGGAGGAGUUCAAAAUACAGAUAACUGUUCUGCAAGAGAAAAUUAAAGUAUGUGAAAUGGAACAAGAUAAAAAAGUAGAAAGCACUAAUAACAAAAUAAAGGAGAAGCAGGCAAUUAUUGAAGCACUGAAUACAAGACUAAUAGAAGAAGAGAAAAAAGCUGCUGUGCUAACUAAUCGAGUAACAACUGCUGAUCAAUUAGUAGGAGACUUAAAAGGACAGCUUGUAGAGAAAGACCGAGAGACCGAAAGCUUAAAGCUUGAGCUAGCCAAUUCUAAGCAAAAAGUGGAGCAAUCUUCCAUAGAAAUGAGACAGUAUAUGGAGACAAUCGGAGAGCUACAAAAGAAAAAUUAUGAAGUAAACUUUUCAGAAACCGGCAUAAUGCAAAAAAUGGAAAAAGAAACAGAACAGAAAUUAGCACAGCUCCAAGCAGAGCUAGAUGAGGAGUAUGGAAAACAGAUUGUGCAAAUGAAGCAAGAAUUAAUAAAACAACACAUGAACCAGAUAGAGGAUCUUAAAUCCCAGCAUAAGGGAGAAAUGGAGAACACUUUAAAAUUACGCGGAAAUCCAGCAGUUAAUGACGAGCAAGUAAAGUUACUGAGCGCAACAAUGAAUGAACUGAAUAUGAAAGUACAGCAUACUCUGUAUCAAAAGGAGAAAUUCAGGGAAGAGCUGCGGGUAGUAAAGCUGGAAAAGUGUGCUCUCCAGAGUCAAUCGAAUGCUCUUCUAGAAGAAUUGAGUGCUUUAAGAGACCAAAUCCAGAGAGCCAAGCAGACAAUAUCUGAACAAGAAAAUAAACUGAAUGAAGCCGGCAAGUCCCUCAGCAUGGUUGAGGACUUAAAAGCUGAGGUUACAGCUGCAUUUGAGUCCAGGAAGGAACUCGAAUUAAAACACGAAGCGGAAAUUACAAAUUAUAAGAUAAAACUUGAAAUGUUAGAAAAAGAAAAGAACGCAGUCUUAGAUAAAAUGGCAGAGUCCCAGGAAGCUGAAUUGGACCGGUUGAGAACGCAGCUCCUCUUCAGUCAUGAAGAAGAGCUUUCUAAACUAAAAGAAGAUCUAGAAGUUGAACAUCGAUUAAAUAUUGAAAAACUUAAAGAUAAUUUGGGGCUUCAUUAUAAGAUGCAGAUAGCUGACUUACAAAAUGAAAUGAGUAAGAAGAUGGAAACUAUGCAGUGCGAGAAAGACAGCUUGUUAAGUAAGCAAAGCCAACUAAUUUUAGAGAUUACUGACUUAAAAGACUUGCAGGAAUCACGGAAUUUUCAGAUGAAUGAAAUCAAAAAAGAAAUUGAGACCCUCAGACAAGAAGAAAAGGAAAAGGGUACCCUUGAACAGGAAAUUCAGGAGUUACAACUUAAAACUGAACAAUUAGAAAAAAUACUAAAAGCAAAAGAGGAGGACCUACAAGAAAAAUGUGUAGAACUUGAAGCAGAGAAUAGCAUUCUUAAAGAUGAGAAGAAAGUUCUCGAAGACAUGGUAAAAGUUUAUACUCCUGUGGAAGAAGAAGAAAAAUUAAUUGCUUUAGCUUCUGGUACAUACACAUCAAAAGACUGUAGCUGUCAAAAAGAGAUUGAUAUGCUUAGAAAGGAAAAGGAAGACCUAAAACAACAAUGUAUCCACCUAAGUAAGGAGAUCGAGAUGCAGAGGAAUACAUUUUCCUUUGCUGAAAAGAACUUUGAAGUUAAUUAUCAAGAGUUACAGGAAGAAUAUGCAUGCCUUCUCAAGGCAAGAGACAUCCAGACUAAGCAGGCAUUAGAGUAUGAACACAAAGUCAAAGCGCUGACUGAAGAGCUGCAGUUGCAGAGAGGAGGCCGGGUGAUGCAGGAAGGGAGCCAUUCUCAAUUAACUGAUGCUGCAACUUUCAUAGCUGAGCCAUUGGAAGUCAGAGAAUUAGUUGAAAAGGAUAACAUUGAAUUUAUGGAAAAGCUGAAAGUAACCGAGCGAGAAAAACUAGAGCUCUCAGAAAAACUUUCUGUCCUCUCAGAACAGUUAAAGCAGACACGUGAUGAGGUUAACUGUCUAAGUGCAGAGGUUAAAUUAUUGAGUCAAGACAAGGAAGAGCUCUUGUUACGAUGCAGAGAGUUAGAGGUUCCCACCAACCCCAAGGGGAUAGAAAAUGCCGCUGUGUGCCCUGCGCAGUUGAGCUCUUGGAAAACUGAGCUUACGACAGGAAUGGACGCCCAUUCUGGAGGAUGUGAUUCUAAAAUCAGUAAAGAUUUACUAGAAGAAUCAAAAAUAAUGAUAGAAGAUAAAAUUCCCUUUAAAGGAAGUAGAGAAGACUUGAGAUUGCCAACAAGAACAACUGAACCAUCUCAUGGUAUAGUUGAGCCAUUCGAGAAGGAAAAACUCGAGCAAGAGCUUUGUGCUCUCAAAUCCAUGCAGGAUGAUUUAAGGCUGCAGAUGGAAGCCCAACGGAUUUGCCUUUCCCUUGUUUAUUCAGCUCAUGCAGAUCAGGUGCGUGAAUAUAUGGAAAAGCAAAGAGACGAAGCUCUUUGUAGCCUCAGAGACGAGCUUGUUUCUGCUCAAGAGAAAAAGAUGGAUGAGCUUCAAAAAAUGCACCAGUGCCAGCUGCAGGCUCUUCAGACACAAGAAACAGGCGGUCAUAAAGAGCCUUUGCCUGUGCUCAUUGGACGACUUGAGAAGGCAGUGUCUGAGGAGUGCUGUUCUAUUUCAGAGAGUCUGAACAGUUUUCUUGAUGAACACUGUACUCCUUUAAAAUGUGAAAUGAAUAUAGAAGAGAAAGAGAAUUCUAAUGUUUACAAUCAAAAUCGAAAUCUAAAAUUACAAGAGUAUAGAUACCAAGUUCAAGAUUUUCAAGGUCACGUGCAAACCCUUCUCAGUAAAUUAUCAGAUGAAUACAGCAAGCUCGUGGUACUGCAGACGCGGUUAAGCAAGGAUGAAAAUGACACGCAAAACGUUGAUGAACGUACAUCAGAAGAAACAGUAUUGGUGAGAAAACCUGAAGAUGCAACAACUGACGUAAACCCCUGCAAUGAAAGGGUCUGCAUUGAUUCGGUGGUGUUUAAAGAAUCUGAUACACAGGAAGCAGUGUCCCAUGGAAAUUGUCUAAAUGAACAUAUCGGCAGCACCACAGAGUGUUCUGAUGGAUUUGAAGGGAGACAAGAAAGAGAUAUAACCAUGAUGAUGGAGAAACAAUAUCAAGAACGACUGGAAGAAGAAAUCGCUAAGGUCAUCGUGUCAAUGAGCAUAGCAUUUGCUCAGCAGACAGAGCUCACUAGACUAUCCCAGGGUAAAGCAAACUCUCUACAAUCAGAACAAGCACAUGCUCUGUGUUCGCAAGAACACCCUUUUAAUGACAUCACAUCACAGGCUCAGCUUGAUCCACAGAGUCUUCUGGGGAUCAACAAGAAUUUGAAAGAACAAUUUAAACCACUUAGCAAUGAAUUAGAAGAACAUAAGAAAGAAGUUCCUCUGUCUAAUCGUGAGAAUCUUGAAGAUGAAUCCCUAAAGUUAAAGGACCAGGGACUGACUAUUUCACAAAAUCUAUUUUCCAAAGAUGAAACAAUCACUGUUCUACAAAGUAUUCAUGAUGAAGUAUCAGAUAUGGAGACUUCUAGACAAUUGGAAGAUAUGCGGCAAGAACUUGUACGCCAGUAUGAAGAACACCAGCAGGCAACAGAACUGAUGAGACAGGCUCACGUGCAACAGAUGGAGAGACAACGAGAAGACCAGGAGCAGCUACGAGAGGAGAUUAAGAGGCUCAAUGAACAGUUAGCCGAGAGCUCUUCACUCUAUAUUGACAGUGUGGUAUCAGAAAGAGAAAGAGUGCUCUUAGAGGAGCUGGAAGCACUAAAGCAGCUGUCUCUAGCUGGAAGAGAGCAGCUGUGUUGUGAGUUGCGUGACAGCAGUACUCAAACACAGCUUACACAGGAUGAAAAUGACACGCAAAACGUUGAUGAACGUACAUCAGAAGAAACAGUAUUGGUGAGAAAACCUGAAGAUGCAACAACUGACGUAAACCCCUGCAAUGAAAGACAUGCUCUUCAAAAAGCCAAUAGUAGACUUUUGAAGAUCCUGUUAGAAGUUGCCAAUACAACAGCGGCUGUGGAAGAAACAAUUGGCUGUCAUGUUUUUAAAAUUUUGGACAGAUCUAGUAAAGCUCAGCCACCUCCCAGCCUGCCUUGGAGAACAGAAGCAGACCUAUGUGCAAAGCCUGGUUUCCGCGAGGAAUAUGGGAGAGUUACGGAUGAGUCCUUACCCUCUUAUCCUGGAAAUGCCAUAUCAAGAAAUGACGGCAAGUGGUCAAAUGUUACUGACAAAGAAUCAGAUCUAUCACAGCAGUUUGGAACAAGUAGUUUUGCUGGACCUGAAGUAGACCCUGAAAAUGUACAAUUUAUGUUGAAUGUUAGCUCUCGACUACAAGCGGCAGUUGAAAAACUUCUCGAGGCCAUCAGUGAAACAAGCAGCCAGCUUGAACAUGCGAAAGUUACACAGACCCAGUUGGUGUGUGAAACGGCUAGACAAAAACAGGAAGCAGAGGAGUCACUUAGAUGCAUAGAAGAACUCCAGGAGCGACUUCAGGAUGAGUCCAGCGCCAGAGAGCAGCUGGCUGUGGAGCUGAAUAGAGCCGAAAAUAUUAUUGAUGGAUAUUCAGAUGAAAAACUUGCUUUUGAAAGAGAAAUUCAGGAAAAAUCAUAUGUGAUAGAUCAUCUAGAGCAGCAAUUGUUACAUGCGAACCGGAGACUGCAGGAACUGGAAGCUGAGCAACAGCAAGUGCAGGAGGAGAGAGAGCUGCUGUCCAGGCAGAAGGCGGCAAUGAGAGAGAUGGCAGGCCCAGUGGAGCAGCGAUUUCUGCAGGAGACAGAAAAGCUAAUGAAAGAAAAGCUCCAAGUACAAUGCCAAGCAGAAAAAGUACACAGUGAACUCCAGAAUCAAGUUAAAAUUCUCGAAAUGGACGUUGAAGAAAAGAUCAGUAAGCUAAUAGAAAUGGAGCAGGAGAAAAAUGCCGAAGUAACAGACCUCAGGCAGCAAAACCAAGCCCUGGAGAAACAACUAGAAAAUUUGAGAAAAUUUGUUGAUGAGCAGACAGUGGACAGGGAACAUGAAAGAGAUAUCUUCCAAAUGGAAAUACAGAAGCUGGAGCAGCAAAUUAAGGUGGUGCCUCGACCUCAACCUGGCAGUGAGCAGCAAGCCAGAGAAAUUGAAACGUUAACUGGUCAUCUCAAAGAGAAAGCAGACCAGUGCAGUGAGCUGCUGCUGUGCAAAGAGCAGCUGCAGAGGGAUGUGCAGGACCGUGAUGCCGAGAUAGAGAAGCUGCAGUGCCGGAGGCAGGAACUGGAGCACGCCCUGCUUGUUAGUGCCGAGUCUAUAGCAGAGAUAAACAACCAGAAGCAGUCUGGAGGUGUAGAGAUUGAGCCUGGAUUAUCUUUAGAAGUUCAGUUGCAGGCUGAACGGGAUGCUAUUGACAGAAAGGAAAAGGAGAUUUCUAACUUAGAAGAGCAAUUAGAGCAAUUCAGAGAAGAACUGGAAAAUAAGAACGACGAGGUUCAGGAGCUCCACAUGCAGCUAGAAAUACAAAGAAAGGAGUCCACCACCCGUCUGCAAGAGCUCCAGCAAGAAAAUAAGUUGUAUCAGGAUGAAAUGAAAAAGCUGGAGUUUAUCGUGAAAGAAUCUGAUCCUACACCUCUUCCAGAUCAGCCUACGUUAUUUGGGAAAUUCGCACAAAUGAUACAAGAAAAGGACGCUAAAAUUGACCAGUUAAAUGAACAGUUGGCUAAAGUUCGUCAUCAGCUUAAACUUGCAACAGAUAAGGAGGCGUCCUCCACUCCUGGGAUGACAUAUUCUAAUGCUCACCAAACUAGAGAAACAUGUUCAAGUGAUUCUGAUUCUGAAUUGGACCAGGCAUUUGACAUAGCAUCAGAAGGUCAAGAAGAAUGUGAAAGUUCACCUGUAGUUCCAAAGGUAGUGAAGGGAUUAUUGAGAGCUGUCCAUACCGAGGGCAUACAGAUGCUUUCAAUUGCAGACCUUCCCAAUGAUGAUGGACAGGAUCCUUCAAAGGGCACUGAGUAUCAAAUGUCUAUGGAAUGUGUCCAGAGCAGAGAAGAAGCUGACACUGCAAGCCAAGAACUCCAGGACUGCAGCUUGCAGCAGUCUGGCAAGCUGGAGACCAAAGAACAACCGUAUGGCAUGAAAGACAAAAUGACCAAGCUACAGGAACAGCUGAGUUCGGAGAAAACAGUGGUUUCAAAAUUAAAAUAUGCCCUUUCACGGACACAACUGGAGCUAGACGCCACGUUGAAGGUCCAGCAUAAACACAUAAAGGACCUGGAAGCGUUCAGACUCAAAGUUCAAGAUAAAGUAGAUGACGUUCAUUUACCAACUAAUACAUUAGAAAAUGAACAGAUGAAAUCAAAAGAACUUCAGUGUGCUUUAGCAACAGAGAAAGCCAAGUCAGGCCACAGCGAAGAGCAGGAUGAAGAACUUAAGGAUCUCAGAUUCAUUCUGGAGGACCAGAAACAGAGGAAUAUACACUUAGAUAUACUUCUGGGACAACAAAAACAACUAUUAAAUGAUCUACAGGAAAAAAUGGAGUCACAGAAAAUAUUACAUAAUGCACAGUUAUCAGAAGAACAAGGCCGGAACAUAAUGCUCCAAGUUCUUCUAGAAUCUGAAAAAGUUAGAAUUCGGGAGUUGAAGGAGAGCUUAGACAAGGAGCGAGAGCUGCAUGCCCAGCUGAAGGACAGAGGUGAUGACCUGCAGCCCCAGCCGGUCGUCCCUCCUGCGGAACUACUUCAGCACCUACAAGAACAAGUAGAGGAAAAGCAGAAACGCAUAAUCGAACUUGUAAAUGAAUCUCAAAAAUAUAAACUGGAUUCUUUGGAAACUAAAUAUCAGAUGGAAAAGGACAGGCAGAUUCAUCAGAAAACCUUGCAGCUAGAAAAAGAAGCAAACAACCUGGGCCAGAGAAAAAUGGAGGAGCUUCAGGGCAAAGUGGAGGAGCUUCAGCUCCAAUUAGAAGAGAAAAGACACCAGGUACACAAGCUUGACCUCGAGGGAAAGCGACUACAAGCGAUUAUGCAUGAAUUCCAAAAUCAGGAGCUAGAGCGGGAGGAAAAACGGAGAAGUAAACGACUCGUAUAUCAGAAUAUUAAUGAGGAAGCCACCUGGAACGUUACUGACGAGCGAACUAGAAAUUGGGUUCUUCAACAAAAAAUGGAAGAAACCAAAACCACAAGCUACGCAAAAGUGAUUGAAACAAAUGGAGGAGCAAUUGUCUCUUAUAAUGAUGUGCACGUUAUCAGACAGAAACUUCAGCAUUUGGCUACGAAACUUCAACUACACGUAGCCCAGAAAGCCUGUAACAGACAAGAGUUUGAAGUAUCGGAUGAGGAUGUUUUAAAUUGGGUUCGAGAAAGAAUUGAUCGACUUAUUUUGCGAGUACAAAGACUAACUAGCUGUCCACAUAAUGAGCACAGCUUAGUAUCCUCCAGUACCUCUUGUACGGAAACCAUAUUAAGACAAAUCUCUGAAGUAACAGGACAUGUUAACCAGCUAACCGAGGAAAAGAACAACUUACGGAACAUUAUCAUGCAACUGGAAGAACAGAUAAAGUUUUAUCAACAGACAAGUGCUGAUAGAAAUUGUUUCUCUAGGUUCUCAUUUGAUGGUAGUGCUAGCAUCAAAGACAUCAUUGCCUCAGAAAAAGAAGUCUGGAGCAACGAGAAGUUGACUCUUCAGAAAUCCCUGCAAAGGGCAGAAGCAAAAGUGUGCCGACUAAAAGACGAGCUGAAAAAUGACACUGUACAUCAGCAUAGGAGCCCUGAAAAUGCAGUCUUUAAGAGAAUUUAUGGUAAAUACUUGCGAGCUGAGAGUUUUCGGAAAGCCCUUGUAUUCCAAAAGAAAUACCUGCUGCUGCUCCUGGGGAGAUUCCAGGAAUGUGAAGAGGCCACUGUGGGGCUGCUUUUCCGCAUGACAGGAUUCCCAGGCUUCCGCAGUCCUGAAACAGAAACCAGCCGCCCAAAGGGAUUGGCCAUAUUUCGCAAAGCUGUCAGAGUGUCUAUUGCAAUUACAAGAAUGAAAUAUUUGGUUCGGCGAUGGCAUCGAGUCAAAGCUUCUGGCCCCAACAGUGUUAAUAGGGAUGGCUUUGGAGUGGGUCCAGGUGUUGAAAGGACUGAUCCACUUUAUCAUUCCACCAGUGGACUGGAACUGUAUCCAGAUCCAAGGCAAAUGGCACAUUAUAGUUCAAGAUCAGACCUGGAUUUCCCGAGAUCUCCCUUACCAUUUAAUAGGUACCCAGGAACUCUUGUAGAUUUCAGUCCUGCCCUGACAAAUCCUCAGCUACAGCAGUAUAACCCUGGCAGAACGCUGACAGAUUAUGUCACCCAGAUCGAUGCACUUCAGAGACGACUCGGAACUACUUUACAGUCAGGUUCAUCUGCCUCCCAAUAUCAUACUGGUAUGAGGAGAUAAUUUUCAAAUCACGCUGUCAUGAGGAGAAAGCAUUAACUGAAUUUUAAAUAGAUUCCCUUUGUAAAUCAAUGGCUCUUUUGUGCUUUUUUAUUGUGUAUAUAUAUUGUGUGGGACCAACCAGUACAAACACACUUACGGUUGUAUACAAAUCCUUGCCAGCACAUAAAGACAAACUGGAGUUUGUGUAUAUAAACACCUACAGUAAUCAUUAAAUUACAUGUAUAUUUGUGGAAUGCUAAUUUAAAUGAUUAAAUUAUAAACUGUAUUUAUCACAUGGGUGAAAAGGUUAAAGUUUUUCAAAUGCUGCUAGAUGUGUAGCUCGCAGUGUCCUGCACUUUUCUUACAAGGUUACAUGUUUCUGCCUAAUAUAUUUGCUACUGGUGAUGAAGACACAGCAUCACUUGGAGAGACCUAUUUUUGUAUAAUGGUAGAAGUUUUGAACUUUACUGGGCUAUUUUGUCAAGAACUGAAAUAAAAAUGACCUCACCAU